CCCAAUCCUCUCAGCGCGUCGCCGCCAUCGCCGCUCCUGUUCUACCUCAUUUCGUCCAUGCUGGCUCUCGUCCCCAUCCGCAAUUUCGGCCAUUGUUUUCUGAGGAUUUUGGUCUGCAGUAUGUGAGAGUUUUGGCUGUGCUGUUAAUAAAGUGAGAAUGCGUGGAGGUCUUGAGCUGUUCAGCUUUUUGUAAUGCACUUGAUUACUUUAUUCACCAAGAUCAUUGGUGUGGUGACCAUCGCUCUCGUUUCCAUAGUUUCCAUCUUGGGCCUGAUCUGCCUAAGCCGAGCGGUGUAUUUUCAGCUGUGGAUCAACAGAAGAGGCUACCAGCGACUUAACUACUUCAACGGGCCGUGGCUGACACGGAUAACACUAGUAUUGGUUGCCUUCUGGUGGGGUAUUGGAGAAGUACUUCGGCUCACUUUCGUGAAUGGAGAGGGGAGGUUCACUUCUGACCAGAUGUGGCAAGCAAAUGUGUGCAAAUUCUAUAUCAUCUCAAAUUUGGGGUUUGCAGAGCCAGGAUUGUUCUUGUUGCUCGCUUUCCUUCUCAGUGCAGCUUUACAGAAGCAAGAGCUUGGUACCUUAAACCGGAAGUGGAAUCAAAAAACCAUACGUGCCAUGUUUAUUAUCUGCCUUCCUUCGUUUGUCUGGGAAGCUUGUGUUGUUUUCAUUGGUCCUCGUGUUGCUUCAGAUGAUGGCCAAGCAUCAAAUCUUGGGAAGUUCUGGUAUUCAGCCUCAACAUUCCACAAUGGCAAUGUCACAUGCACAUACCCACUGUUGAGCAGCAUAUUUCUUGGGGCAUUCUACAUCAUAUUGGCAAUUUAUGUGAUGUUUGUUGGAGGACAGAUGCUGUCUUUGGUGAUCAACAAGGGGCUCCGACGGAGGAUAUACAUGCUAAUAUUUGCCACUAUGAUAUUACUUCCCCGAGCUACACUUCUUGGGCUCUCCAUUGUUGUAUGGCCAGGUGAAACAGCCCAUGAAACUCUCGUAUUUACCUCCUUCCUGGUGCUGAUGCUUGCUGCCAUGGUUGGUAUUGUGAUUUUGGUGUAUUUCCCGGUUGCUGAUGCCUUUGCUAUAGUUGAUCAAGGGAACAUUGAGAUGCAAGCGGAUCAGGAGACUAUCCUAUGACUCAGGCUUUGUUAUUUGACUGGUUCUUUAGCUGAUUGUUCAAGGACAAAUUAAUGGCCAUUCCAUUGGUUUCUUCCCUGACCUGCAGAUGAUCUCGGAGACAUUGUAAACAUAGAAUAGAUUAGAUAGGGACAACAUUCUCCUUUUUAUCUGAUUCUUUUUAUGCUUUUCUUCACACACGUUUGUGUGAAGAAAAGUCCUGUAAAAUAGUUUCUACGGAGUAGUGAAGAUCAGCCAUGUUUUCCUUACUGUCUUCUGUACAUUGAAAGAAGAGAUUAUACACUUUCACCUCUGCGAAGGGGCUUAUAUCAUGUGGGUGAUGUCUCCACCAUUUUAGUGUU